AUGAGGCUGUACUACCUGCUACUUUUCGUGGGUCUCUGCGCAGCCUACGAACCAUGGCUGUGCCCGACCGAAUUGCUGGAGUCCGAGCGGACGGAUUGUCACCCUGAGCCCGGGGCGAGCGAGAUGGCUUGCACAGCAAGAGGCUGCACGUGGUGUCGGGCGUAUGACCCCAGCGCCCCUUGGUGUUUCUUUAACACCAAACCAGGUUAUGAGGGUACCUGCCCCUCUACCGUCCCAACCUCUCAGAGAGUGGACUGCGGUCAACCCACCAACGCCCAGUGCGUCAAAACUGGCUGCGUCUGGUGCCCUGAGACCGGCGGGCCGUGGUGCUUCUUCGACGAAGAUGCUGGGAACAGUCCAACUUCUUUUUCCCCGGGGACAGAUGGCCCUGUUGUGACAGGAGGUCCCACAACAUCACCGAGCACCACCAAACACUAUUACCCGGGCUGCGCGUCAAGCAUCCCUCCCGACCAGCGUAUCGACUGCUACCCGGAGCCCGGAUCCUCCGAGGCAGGAUGCCUGGCCCGUGGAUGUUACUGGUGCGAGGAAGCGACUCCGGGAGUGCCUUGGUGCAGUCACCCAACUCUCGACCCGGUGGAUCCCAUCGAUGGGAUGUGUCCGUCUGACAUACCGGAUGCGAACAGGCGGGACUGCUAUCCCGACGUGGGUGCAUCUAAGGACUCUUGCGAGGCCCGCUCCUGCAUCUGGUGCGAGUCGUCUGUGAGCGGCACACCUUGGUGUUUCUUCAACAUCACUGGCGUUUCUCCGGACCCGGCCCAGGAUGUUUACCGCGUGGACUGCGCUCCAGACGGCCGGUGUGACCAGUGUGAGGCACGGGGGUGUGAACUGGCUGGAACAGAUGUUCAGGGUGCGCCGCUGUGCUUUUUCCCGGUCGAUUUGGGAUACACGAUGAGUGGAUUCGCUGAAACGCCAACCGGAUACCUGGUGGCUCUCAAGAAGAAGCAUGAUUUCACAGUCUUUGGAGACGAUGUAGAACAGUUGGUACUCUCCGUCGAUUUCCAAACUGACCAGCGACUUCACUUCAAGGUAACUGCUUCACACAUUCCGAUUUCUCUGUCGUAUGUAUCACGGAUGGAUAAUCCGGACCAAAUUUCUCGGGAGGGUGGCCUUUUUUGA